AUGUCUGGAAUCAGCAAGGCGUGCUGCUCAAUCCCACCCGUCGUGGCCAAGGGAUACAAGCCCAAGGGAGCCUACCAGACCAUCAAUGGCCUGAAGACCUACGUCACCGGCCCCGAGUCGGCCACCAAGGCCAUUUUGGUGGUGUACGAUAUCUUCGGCUUCUUCGACCAGACCAUUCAGGGUGCCGACAUCCUAGCCACCUCGAACGAGCAGAAGUACCGGGUUUUCAUGCCUGACUUCUUCGAGGGUAGCCCUGCCGAUAUUUCCUGGUACCCGCCUACCACCGACGAGCACAAGGAGAAGUUGGGCAACUUCUUCUCGACUCAGGCCGCUCCGCCCAAGACCCUCUCCAAGAUCCCCAACAUCGUGGCCGAGGCCAACAAGCAGGCCCCCGGCGGCAGCUUCCAGUGGUCCAUCCUGGGCUUCUGCUGGGGCGGCAAAAUCGCUGCUCUGUCCGCCGGCGCCGACAACAAGCUCUUCAAAGCUGCUGCUCAAGCCCACCCGGCCAUGGUUGACCCCAACGACGCCAAGAGCAUCAACGUGCCUUUCAUCAUGCUCGCCUCCGGGGACGAGCCGCCCAAGGACGUGGAGGCUUUCAAGGCCAACCUGCAGGUGCCGAACCACGUCGAGACCUUCCCGACUCAGAUCCACGGUUGGAUGGCGGCUCGGUCGAACCUGGAGGAUGCCGAGGUCAAGAAGGAGUACGAGCGUGGAUACAAGGCCGUGCUCGACUUCUUCCACCAGCACGCGUAA